CCGCUGGCUGGCUUUCUGUCUCUCUCUCUCUCUUACUCAUAAAUCAUAAUACAGAUACAGAUACAGUUCAUCACACGUUCAAAAAAAUCAUAUUUCACUCAUAGAUAGAUGUUCAGUUCAACUACGUACAUUUUACAUUUCCAACAACCUUUUUUUUAGACACAUUCUGAUAUUGAGACUAUACACCUCUGUUCUCUCUCUCUCUUUGCUACUAUGGACUCAAAAGCUCGUCUUGAUUAUGCUCUCUUCCAACUCACUCCAACUAGAACCAGAUGUGAUCUGGUGGUAUUUUCUGGUGGCAUUUCUGAGAAACUAGCUUCUGGGUUAUUUGAACCUUUCAUUUCUCACCUCAAAUCUGCAAAAGAUGAGAUUUUCAAAGGUGGGUAUUCAAUUAAGCUUCGUCCGCCCAACCAUGGUGCACCCUGGUUCACCAAAGCUACUUUUCAGAGAUUUGUGCGCUUUGUUAGCACGCCAGCAGUUCUUGAGAGGUUUGUCAGCAUAGAAAAAGAGAUCUUGCAGAUUGAGAGUUCAGUUCAAGUUAAUGAAUCCAACAUCAUCCAUGCAUCUAGGCAAUCAGUGGAAGGAAGUUCCAUAAAUCAUGUGAUCUUGCCCAUGUCAACUCAGCUUAACUUCAUAAACACUUCAUUUCAAUUAAAAUCGAUAGUUUUUCCUCCAAAAUGGGAUAAAAUAACAAAAGACUCCUCUAAGAGUGUUUUAGGAAGUUUUUCAGCUGCUAAUGGUAGCACAAAGAAGUCAGCUGAUUCAUCUAAGAUAAAAUGUGAACUAGGAGGCAUGGAUGAUGGUGCAAAAGAAGAAAACUCCAAGGUUCACCUCCAACGUCUUUUGGAUACCCGGAAAAAGUUGCUCCGGAAAGAACAGGCAAUGGCUUAUGCACGUGGUAUUGUUGCUGGAUUUGAAAUGGACAAUGUAGAUGACCUCAUUUCCUUUGCAGAUGUCUUUGGAGCUUUGCGUUUAAGGGAAGCAUGCGUUAAUUUCAAAGAAUUAUGCAAGAAAAAGCAUGCAGAUGGUCUUUGGAUGGAGGAAUUAGCAGCCGUGAAGGCAUGCUCCCCAUCAGAACUUUCAUUUAUGGGAACAUCCGCAAUUGUACUUACAAAUGAAAUAAGUACCCAUUAUCAGAGAACCACCUCAGAUUCAUCUAAAGAUGAUGCCUCUACCUGUAAUCUUUUGGCAAAUGGGUCUAUGGAUACACCAAAAUCUCACUUGUCUACAAGUCAUGCAUGUUUAGACAGCAAAAGAGAUAAUAAUGCGUCAGAUCAGACACCAUCAACUACGGCAAAAGUUCAAUUGCCUAUGCCAUGGCAAAACCAGAUUCCUCAGUAUAUGUACAACUUUCAAAUCCCUAUCCAACAAAUACCUCCGUAUCAAAGACAUCCUUUCCCUCUUAUGCAGUCUGUUCCUCCUUACUAUCCAAAGAAUAUGCAAUGGCCUCCUAAUAUGGAUAAAUCUAGUAAUGGUCUAGUUCGACAACCCAAUUACAGGAAUAAUAAGACAACUUCAGCAGGGAGGAAGCCCAAUAAAAACGAACCUGAAUAUUCAGAAGACAGAGGUACAGAAUCCAGUGACUCUGAUUCUGGGAGUUAUUCACAUUUAUACUUACAGCAAGACAGACAACAUUCUUCAAGGGAGCAUCCAAAAAUAAAAAUGCAUAGGAAGAAAUCCUCCAGAACAGUUGUCAUUCCUAAUAUCAACUAUAUCAGUCCUAAGGGGAGAGAUGGGAAGAAGGGCAGUGUCUCUGAUGAAUCUACUCCAGAUGAGGAGUUAAUUAAUGGAGAGAAUGGAGUUAGAUCACUAGAGAAGUUUCAUGAGCCUAACUCAUGUGAUUACAAGAAAAUAGGUUUAGAUAAGGGUGGCUACAAUUUGAACCAGACAAAUAAUUCUACCAACAAAGAUAAUGAGCUGAACAUUAGAGAAGUAGGGAAGCUUCAGCCCAUAAAUGUUCAGGAUGAACAUUUUAGACUCAGAAGCUCUGAAGGUGAAACUUCAUUCACAGCCAGACCUGCUGAGGGAAUGGAGUUUGAGAAAGCUCCAAAGAAACUGAUGGCUGCAGCCGAUUCCUUUGUUGUAACUGAGAGGAUGGGUGGAAAUGAUGCUAGAGCCGAGUUGGAAGACUUUGAAAAUGGAGAGAAUUCCCAUCCUUUUAUGAAUAGGAGGGAUUGUGCAAAUGAGGAACUACUGUUUUCACAGAGAAUUGAAGAACCAAGAACUUAUUUUGGGAAUACUUUAUCUACUUGUUCCGCUGAAUCGGCUAUAAUUAAAAUUGGGAGAAUGGAAGAUUUGUUCACUGUCAAUCACUCUGGAAUGUCAGAAAACCAUGAUUUAAGCAUCAAGAAAACAUUCCUUGAUGGUGUUAGCAUUUUAUCAUUGGAGGGUGAUUUCUCUCACACUAAGAAAAGUAUAAUAGGGAAACCUAUUGAUGAUUCAUUCAUGAUACAGACUCGACCAGCAGUUGAUCAUUAUGAUUCUCAGUGGAAAACAGACAUAAGCAUGGAGACUGAUAUAACUUUGUCUGCCUUCUCGGAAAAUGGCAUUUCAGAUAUUUCACAUGUUAAGCAUGAAAUGUCUAAUACCAAUGAGCCAGAUGAUCUUUGUGUAGUGCUUGAACGAGAUUCUAGAUUGGAGUCUGCUGAGGGUUCUUGGACUAUGGACUAUGGAAUAAACAUCUCAUUUACAGAAGCUAAUAGAAGAGGUUCUGUUGUUGAAGCAAGUGAUCAUUUGGAUAAGGCCCUUCAUCCAAAUUGUAAAAGCUCCAAUUCCAAUAGCAAGGAAACAACUGAAAGUAAAAAUCCUGGUAAAGAAGCAAGGUCAAAAGCUUUGUUUGGAUCUCUUGGGAUGAGUAAAUCUGAGAUCGUGCCCAAGAGCAAGAAACCAUUUUCUGUGAGCAGGCUGAUUGUUCAAAAGAGCAAAUUGGAGAAGGAAGAAGAAAUUCGGAAGAAGAUGGAAGAACAGUUGAUUCAACGCCAAAAAAGAAUUGCUGAAAGAACUGCAGCCAGUGGUUUUUCUCCCUCAACAUCCAAGAAAGCUCCAUCCAAAAGUAAAGGAGUAAAAGGUUCCUUCAAGAGCGACAAGAACAACAUUCAUUCCACAACUCAUGAGACAAACAGAAUAGGUCCCAUCAAAAUCAGGGCAAGUUAACAAAUGCAAGCUUGGACAUGAAUUUUGUUGUGGAGACGUAGAAACCCCUCUUAAAUAUGAUAAAGCCUUACUUGGUGCCUCUUUGAAAUUUGAACCAAUGGUAUAUAUUGUUGGACUACACCAUCAAUGUGAUGGAAAAGAACCAAUGAUGAUACUAUUCUUAGUCUUAGUUCAUGAUGUUUGUAUAUUACAUACUAUUCUUUCCACUUAUUGUUGAUUCAACUGCUGCAGCCGAAUUUGGCUUGUACCUACUGGAUUCUUAAAACUUACAAUUUAUAUGUACAUGUUACUUCUUGUGCUAUAAAUAUACGUCACUUCUUCAAUUUUA